AUGGUGGCUGCCAUCCACGGGAGCAUGCGAGGCCGUGACAGCUGGGGGGCACCAGGCUGCGGGGAAGUGCAAGGAGGGCAGCAAGUGCUGGGUGACCAGAAAUGCCUUGCUGCAAAGGGAGGGAAGGCCCAAGAUAAUGGUUACAUAGAAGGGAAGGAACUUGACAAUUUUUUUCAUCAUCUCCUGGAGAAACUGGAACCAGAAACCGCCAUCACAGAAGAAAAGGUUCAAAGGAUGAAGGAGCAAUUCAUGUCCACCUACGAUGUCACUGCAGACGGACGCCUACAAAUCCAAGAGCUUGCCAAUAUGAUCUUGCCUGGAAUUUAUGCGGGUAUGAUUGCCUACAAUAUUUAUGUGGUCAUAUCAAUUUAUCCUGUUCAGAUCUGGCGCAGUUAUGACGCUGAUAGCAGUGGAUUUAUUUCAGCUGGUGAGCUCAAAGAUUUCCUGCGAGAUCUCUUCUUGCAGCAUAACAAGAUGGUUGCUGAGGUAAAGCUGGAAGAAUAUACUGAUACAAUGAUGAAAAUCUUUGACAGAAACAAAGAUGGACGGCUGGACCUGAAUGACCUGGCAAGGAUUCUGGCACUCCAGGAAAAUUUCCUUCUUCAAUUUAAAAUGGAUGCUUGCAGCACAGAAGAAAGAAGGAGAGAUUUUGAGAAAAUCUUUGCACACUACGACGUUAGUAAAACAGGAGCCCUUGAAGGCCCAGAAGUGGAUGGUUUUGUCAAAGAUAUGAUGGAACUGGUUAAGCCCAGCAUCAGCGGAGUAGACCUGGAUAAAUUCCGCCAAAUUCUGCUCAACCAUUGUGAUGUGAACAAGGAUGGAAAAAUUCAAAAAUCUGAACUGGCCUUGUGUCUUGGGCUUAAAACGAACCCAUAGACGUGACUGUGCUUGUGGUUGUGCUUCCCUCGUGUGAGCCUGCCGCUCCUCGUAGAAGUGUUUCAGUGCUGUGUGACCGUGUGGGAGGUGGGGAACAAGGGCACCUAGCUGCAAGGCUGAAGAGCAUCUGUACAAAGAUGCAGCAGAAUGGGAAACACGUGGAGGGCCUCUCCACUCAGCAAUUAGAUUUGUGGUGUUCAGUAGAUGCUGUUGCUUCUGGGUUUCUUUAACGGUAUCUCUAUCUACAAGCAUACCAGUUUCUCAAAACAGGGGGAUGCUGUUCUACUCCUGCCUCCAUGAAAUACUGUCCUACUAGUCUUCUAGAAUAGGGGACACAAAUCUCCUUAAAAAUGUAACAUCAGUGCUCUCAGACUGCAGCUAAGUGUUUUUUGAUGGUUGUCAAGCCACUAUUCUGGUAAAAAAAAUGAGCAUUAUGCUUUGUUUGUCCAUUUAAAAUAUUGGAUGGAUGACAGUGUA